AUGGAAAAUCCUAAUUUUCAUAACUCUGUUGUUACGAAACCUCCUGUUUUAGAUGGGUCUAAUUAUGCAUAUUGGAAAGCUAGGAUGAAGGCUUAUUUGAAGUCUCAAAACAAUCGAGUUUGGCUCUCAGUGGUUAAUGGUUAUACUGAGCCUAUCUCCACCGUGGAUGGUAAAAAUGUUCGAAAGCCUUAUGAGUCAUGGACCAACGGUGAUCAUCAGAAUGAAACAUAUAAUUCAUGUGCUCUUAAUGCUAUAUUUGGUUGUGUGUCUUUGCCUGAAUUUCAACCCAUUACUCAUGAGGGGAAUAGUCAGUUGAGGCAACAAAAACUUCAAAGCAUCAUAACUGAAUUUGAGAUGAUCAGGAUGAAAGAUAAUGAGAUGUUUGGUGAGUUUUAUGCUAAGUUGAGCGAAGUGGUGAACUCAAGCUUUAACCUAGGCGAGCCUAUCUCCCAAGAAAAAAUUAUGAAGAAAAUCAUGCAUUCAUUACCUGAGAGGUUUAUUACAAAAGUUGAAAUUCUUGAAUGCAUGCCUAAUUUUGCUUCCAUGAAGGUUGAGGAAAUUGUUGGUCACCUCUUAACUUUUGAAACUAAAUUAUCACAAUACAGACCUCAAAAAGAGAAGAACAAAAACGAGGAAAAAUCCUUGGCUUUUUCUGGUUUUAAAGAUAGUUUUAAGGUCUCGGAUAGUGAUGACGAUGAAUUAGACCAAGAGGAAAUGGCUUUAUUUGUUAAAAAAUUUGGAAAGUUUUUUAAAAAGAAUAAAGCUUUUGGUCCUAAUUCAAAAGAUAAGAAUGGUAGGUCUUCCAAGGGUAAAGAGAGGAAAGAGAGCAAAUCAUCGGGUCCCCAGUGUUACGAGUGCUUGGGGCUUGGUCAUAUUGCCCAAGAUGACUCUGAUGAAGAAGAAAAUUGUGGGGGGAAUAGUAAAGUCAUGGCUUUAGGAGCUUCUGUGCAUCCCCAUGUGAGUGAGUCUAAGUUAGGAGAUGAGACAGUGAAUGGUGAGUAUUUGAGCAAUAGCGAGAGUGAGGAGGAAGAGAGUUUGCAGAAAGCCUACAAUGAACUUUACAAAGAAAGCCUAAGGUUGACUAAGACUAACAUUGAGCUAUCUAGUGAAGUGAAGAAGAGCGAUGAGUCCAAUGUAAAACUCAAGCAAGAGCUUUUGAAAGCUCAAACUUGGGUGAGUCAUGUUGAGAAUGAUAGAGAUUCUUUGAUUAAUGAACUUGUUGAUGUUAAGAGUGUGAAAGGUAAACUUGGGAUUGAUUUGCAUGUGUCUUAUGAAACUAACAAGCUUCUUGACUUGAAGGUAGCUAAUUCGCAAGUUGAGCUUGACAAGGCCAAUGCUACAUUUAAGAAAAUGAAUGCAGGGUCAAAGGUUUUAGAAGAGAUCAUUGGAGUGCAAAGGGAAAUCUCAAAUAAAACCGGCCUUGGGUUUCGAAAGAAAGCAUCAACUUCUAAAGGCAGAGGUAAUCAUGGAUUUGGUAAGGAUAAAGGUAACUAUUCUAAUCCUUCAUCUUUCAUUUGUGGCAAGAAAACUAAUAAUGCACCUCGAAAGCCUACUCCUCCUAGCCCCCCUAUGCAAAGGGGUUUCAUACCCAUUUGUCACCACUAUGGUGUCGAGGGUCACAUAAGGCCACAUUGUUAUCAGUUGAUUGGAUACCCCCAUGCUCACUCUAAUUUUUAUGAUAAAAGUUUUUGGGGUAGGACUUACAAGCACAUGCCUACACGUAAGACCAAUGUGAUUCACCAAUCUAAGCCUUUUCCGAAGGCUAAGGCAAAAGUUGAGAAAGUGAGAAUCCCAACACUUUGGGUGAGAAGUUUGGAUGUGAGGCCUCAAGUGAAUCAUACAUGUAUCUCUUUAGAUGAUGUUGGGUCAUCUGGAGAUGUUGACCUUGCUUUUUGA